AUGAUUCGUUCAAUUCAUGCCAUAGCCGCCUCCUUGUCCUUGUUGUUGCCCUUCCCAUUCUCCUCAUUGCCACUGUCGUCGCCUCAUAGUGUGUCAUCAACUGCCUUGUUAUCCAAUCGUGAUGAAAAGGCCAAUGCCAAUUGGGUGCCGACUCUUUUCACCAAGGUUGGCUACGGCGGCAAGAACAUGGUUGACAAUGAGGAGGACGAUGUCAAGGAGGACUCGUAUUCCAAGGAGGAGCCUGAGGAGUGGUGGUCGGACUCUAAGCCCAAGGAGGAUUCUGAGACUCAGGAGGAGGACUUGGGUGACAGUAAGAUCAUCGAAGAGGAGGGCUCCAACAAUGAAGAGCCCAAAGAGGAGGGCUCUGACAACGAGGAGGAUGAGGAGCCCGAGGAGGAUGGCGAGGAUGAGGACAACGACAACGAGGGCAAUGAGGAGCUCGAGGAGAAAGGAGCCUAA